GAACCAUUACAAAAUGUGUGUAUGUAUGUGUGCAUUGAAAAAUUAAGUUAUGAGGGGCAUAAAUCACAAAAUCUUCUCUAUUUGAUGAUCCCAAAAUUGAUUCAACUGCUGAGCAAAUUCAACUCAUCUGAAUUCACCCUAAGCCAUAUGGAUACGAUUAAUCCGAUUCACCAUCUCCUAAAAUAUAUGCUCCAGAUGGGUAUUUUCCUUUCAGAGUUUUGCUUUUCAGAGCAACAUCACUCCAUUCACAUGUGCAGAGUUAUUUUAUCUCGUUCGUCAAAUGGACCCGAACAACUGUUUGACGGAGAAUGGGAAAGAAGAAGAAGAGCAGGUUGGAUUGCAUUCGGAAAAUAUCACACAGCCAGAGCGAACGUCUUUAACACGACAGUUCUUCCAGCUAUGCUCUAUAACGAAGAUUCGCCUCGCAUGACUGGAGUAAAAGACGCGCUAACCGAGAUGAACAUCAACAAAAAACGCUGGGCAGGUCAAGUCGCAAGAAUGUCUGAAAAUCGUUGGACCUGUCGGCUCACACAAACAAGGUGGCAUAAACCGUUCGUCAUGUUAUUCGACCAACGUUGGUGA